GAUCUCAGAAUUAUCAAGGAUCCCCGGAUCCACAUUCUUCCCUUGACAGUGACUUGUGAUAAAUCAAUUGAUGAUUUUGUGAUCAAAGUUGGAGAAAUUGUUGGAUCGGAGGGUCUCAAUUUGCUUGUUAAUAAUGCAGGGAUAAUCACCAAAUACAAUAACAAAUCGGAGCCAAACCGUUCAUUGAUUGCCAAUCAACUUGAUGUCAACACUACAAGUGUAGUUUAAAAAAAAACAUCAACUUUCCCUCCAGAUGUGCUAGCAUACAGAAUGAGCAAGGCUGCAGUUAAUAUGUUUGGUAGAACAUUGGCAAUUGAUCUGAAAGAUGAUCAUAUUUUGGUGGUCAACUUCUGUCCAGGAUGGGUUCAAACUGGAUUAGGAGGACCACUGGCUACCUACACUGUUGAAGAAUCAACAACAGAGUUAACUGCCAGUUUCUACAAACUAAACAACUCUCACAGUGGAAGAUACUUUGACAGAAACCUCAAUCCACACUCAUUCUAAAA